AUGACCCAGACCCUCCAUAAAAGGGGGGCCCCUCUGAACCUGGGCGGCGGCUGGGCAUCCUCCGCUCCGUGCCGCACCUGGUCCUCCUGCCACCGAAGGCGCAGGGGCACCCCUGUCUACAAGCGGCGGCAACACUACGGCCCCAAGUCUGAGCAGGAGCCCCAGAGGAAGCAGCCUAAGCCACGGUACGGCCCGGGCCCUUGGUUCCAGCCACCCCAAAGCCCUUACUGGAGCAUGUACUCUAACUGGGGGUGCUGGGGAGGAGGGCCUUGGUGCCCGCCUCCCAUGGGGUACCGGGAGCCCCCCAGCCCUGGGCUGGUGGCCCGAAUGUAUGGGCUGCACCCAGUCUGCCUCUGCUGCUGCUUCUGCUGGCGUGGGCCCUGGAACCCCGGCUGGGCGAGGGCCCCUGUCCGCAAGAAGCGCUGGGGCCGCAGGGGCCGAGGCCUGCGCCGCCAACCCAGCCGCCCGGCCCCGAAGAGCCCGGCUGAGGAGGCGAGCCCCCUGCUACAGCCGGUCAACCUGUGCGGGUGGCGGGCGCCCGGCCUGCAGGCGCCCCGCAACACCACCCAGUUCAUCAUGAACCAGAUCUACGAGGACAUGCGGCAGCAAGAGAAGCUGGAGCGCCAGCAGGAGGCGCUGAGGGCGCAGCAGGCCCAGGAAGGUGGGAAGGACGUGCCUCCUCCCAGUGGCGACGAGGAAGACGCAGAGCUGCAGGACGCUUUGUAUGGCUUUGGGCAGGAUCCCUCUCUGGCCUUCAGUCCUGCCCCGGAGGAAGAGGAAAACCAUUCCCCGGCCCCACAGCUGGUGGAGGAAGAGGAGGAGGAGAAGUAUGAUGAUGAUGAGUGUGAUGAGGAGGAGUGUGAUGGGAAAGAGGAAGAGAGUGAGGAAGAGGAGAGUGAGGAGGAGGAGGAGGAGGAUGAAGAGGCAGAGGCCCAGGAUGAAGAGGAGGGGGAAGAGGAGGAGGAGGUGGUGGAGGAGGAGGAAGCAGAGGAAAUGGAAGAGGUGGAGGAGGGGCUAGAAGAGGAGGAGCAGAAAGAGGAAGAGAAUCAUUUGCCUCUGGAAAUGCCCUUAUCAUUCCUGAUGGCUGAGGAGGAGAGAGCGAACUUCAUAGAUUGUUCUACUUUAAGCCCAGAAUAG